GGAGGCUGUCCCAACGAGCAGCUUGUUCGGCUUUUACUGCAUUCUUCGCUGUGACUGGUGUAACUGAAGUGGUAAAUUGAGUUCUUACAGCAGGUGGAAUGUAGGUCUUCCUUCUUGAUUUUCUCCCGUGUUGGAUUUGCGAGGAUUCUGAGGAUUUGCUGCAAGUUGGGCUAAGUUACGCUGAGUUAGCCAUUGCUAACUAAGCGCAAGAUUGCUGGUGCCUUGAAGAGUGUUCCAUGGAGGAGCUGUACAUGUCCUCUCGAGUGUCUCUCUCUCCAUCUUCGUGCGUGUCGGGGUUUUCACCGUCCAAGCUUCUUUAUGUGAAGUGGUUUCGUGUGGAAAUUGUCUUCGCUGAGCUGAUAAGGCUUUGGUCUCGUUGAUGUACUGCCCAAUCACGCUGAUCAAUCGCGUAUCUGAUGAAGACCAUCAUUCAUCGUGGGGAAACAUGAAACACGCAGCAAGUUCAUUGUUCAGCAUAUCGUUGCUUGUCUUUGUCAAGGCUACGUAUUCUUGUUGCAUAUCAAGAUUGCGACCAGGAUACGUUUUUCACCUUUGACACGCAGGAGCUGUAGCUUUCAUUCCUCUUCCUCAUCUAUUCCGCUGUUGUCGCGAAUUUUCGCAGGUCGAAUCCUGUGGGCUGCACGCACGUAACUCCGUGUUGGAAAAUCGUGUGCAUAGUUCGUGUCUCCUCGAUUCUGUGUGACUGCACAUUUGUACAUAGGUUUGCUUAUGCUGCUGAAGUGUUCGGGCAGUAUUUGCUUUUAACUUCUCGAUAGUCCUCGUAUACUUCUGAAAUCUAAAUGGUCAUCCUUGACCUCCACCGAGAGUUACUCUGCUUUGGUCCACGAGUCUCUUAGUUUUUGCUCGAAUCCAGCCAUCUUGCAGUGUACUUAUGGUAUGGAGCGUCAUGCGCACAGCUGAAGCAGAUAAGAACGCGGAUAGAAGUAGAAGGAUCCUUGGCUGACCUGUAGCAGUUGCGGCCUGAUGCUCGUGUCGACACUAUCUGGGUAGGAAGCAUAUUUUGAACAUCUUGGUGCAGCGGAUCAUGCAAUAGGAGCUAUGGGGAUGGAGGAUAAAGCAUGCGCAGUGGAUGUUACCUUGUGUGAAAGGCACAUCGGGGCACAACCGGGGGGUGGUAUAUGCGCAAUGUGUUUACAGGAAAAGCUGAUUCUGUUAUGGCGGGGUGAAGGGAAUUCGAACUGGGAUACAGAAGAGUUUUCUAUUACGCCGCCUCUAGUCCAAGAUAGUUGUGAUACCCCCCCUGCGUGUGAGCCGUCGCCGGCUGAUGCAUAUCCUGUCUACAAAGCAGGAUCAGCUUGUUUGCCUCUCGUUUUUCACUUCCGAAAUUUCCAACGAAAUGGUGUGCACGAUUCGAGCAAGUCCAGCAAGGUUUUGGCACGAGAGAAGAUUGAUAGGAGUUGUUUUGGUUUGGAUGCUGAUAUGGAUCAUCAGCAUCAAUUCUCUUGCGAAAUUAAGUCGAUUUUGAAAGAACUGGCUGCAUUGCACGAAAAGAAGAAGCUGGAGAGAGCUGAGAAGAGACGGUCUGGAACGGAAGGCGCGUGUCUUUCAGGCCGCCAUCAACAACACGAGGAAGCUGCUGCUGAUUUGUCACAGGGUCCUAUUCCUACAUCGCCUGCUGGAAGAGACACAGAGGCGGUGCCUGGUGAGUAUGAAUUACCAAAAGCUAAAGCUAGCAUUAUCGAAGAUGAAGAUGAGGAUGCAAGGUUCGCCAAGACUACCUUAUGCUUCAACGCGUUGUGGCCAGGGCAACUUCGACCAAAACUGAACAUGAAAUGGGCAAGAAUCUUGGUGAGCCCAAUCCUAUCAAGUAACAAAAUAGCUCCUAGCAAGUCGGACUUGGCCAAGACAGUGAAUGGUCGUCCUAAAGUUGCUGUUGAAGAUAAACGACGGGAGAGUACCCGUGAUUGUGAGAUAUUGGAAGUGCCGACAGGGAUUAACGAUUACAAUGGAAGAGAUCAGAGCACAGGUAUUCAAAAUAUGCCGAGUCCAGCUGCGUCACGCUUACCGCCCCGACAUGUGCAACGGAUCGCAGACGAAGAUGGGGGUGCGAUGGAGAUCGACAAGGAAACUGCCAUGCGCAUGGAAGCAUCUCGGAUUACCGUGUUGACAUGGUUGGAGAGUUUACCUAGUCCAAAGGCUGUUCACUUAAAAGAGAAGAAUUAUACGGGGUUCCCAGACGAUCUGUCAUUGGGCAACGGCGUGCUUGAAAUGUGUGAUGAAGAGGACGUAGCGUUUGAUUAUCAAUCACAGGAACCAAAAAUGGAAAAUUUUGAGUUAGCUGAUGGUUACAAUUCCUUGAAUCCUUUGGAUCAGGUGGAUGUUUACAACCACAUCAGUUCUUUUGGGAAGUUUCUGCGAACCUUUCCAACUCAGAUUUAUGCUUCAAGUCGAAUGCUUGACAUUGAGAUAGCAGCUCAAUAAAGCUGAACAGUUUCUCAUCAGCGAGUAUGGCGGGAAGCAAGCUUGAUUUGGUUAGGUAGACAACAUCGAUCUGAAGCUGUUGCUAAUCGAUACAGUUUGAACAUUUCUACUGGCCGGGUGGCAUUCGAAGAUUGCUGCAGCCUCUGGAGCUAUGCUUAAUAUGUACGACAAAAAUCAUCUGCUGUAGCAGUGAAUACCUGCGUGUGUGAUUUUAUUCAUCUACUGUUUCCCAAUAUAUCCCUGGUUGUGUGCCGGAAUUGAGCUUGACCUGAAGCAUAGGAGAUGCUCCACGUCUGCACAAAGAAACAACGGGUUUGGAGCUCUUUAUUUCGGGGGCCGAUUGGAUUACUGAAGUCAAUGCCAAUAUCUCCUCAGUCGCUGCGAAUUUAUGUAGAUUGUCCUCACAUAAGCUUGAUUUGGAGUGAUUUCCCCGCUGAUGUUUGUGGGGGUCCAUCGCCAGCUGUUUCAGUGGACAUUCUUGGAAGCUGGGGGAUGAGUUAGUCUACUUUCUGGGUAUGCCCCUACGGACCAUGUGCUAUAUGCUUGAGAGAUGCUUUUUCUUGGUUACAAUAUUGUGCAACAAUAUUCGGGGGUUUUCAUAACCCUUUGAAAGUACAUUAAUUGUAAAUAAAAUGUCCAGUGUGGCAGGUGCUUCGCAUUUGCCUCCAGAAAUUUUCGCAUUCACCGACA